CUACACUGGACGACACAGAACUGAGAAGCAAUACCAUGAACUUCAAGGCCUGGCUGCCAACUUUUUAUCUACUCCUACAUCUUACGUCUGGCAGGGGGAGAGCUGAUGCUUUCUCUCUUUAUGGGACAGGAUCCGAUCAACUGACCAAUGAUCAAUCAUACGAGCCAUCCCAGGACGGCUACAACUUCAAAUUCGUCGUGAGAGAAGGAGAAAACAGUGAAAUCAACGACCACAGCUUCCAGGAAGAAGGGCGAGAGGAUGACUCAAAAUAUGGGGAAUCGUCACAACUGGACGGACGUUUCCAAACGGUGCGAUUUUACCUCGACGCAGAAUCCUCGAGUUACGUCGCGGAGAUCAGCUACGAGGGGGAGCCGUUCCAACGGCGCGACCUCGGCGAGGCUGCUAAUGACAUCUCGGUCCUAUCUGGGGAGUUUAAAUGAGUCUGUUGAUGAUGAUUUUUACUUAUUAUUUUUAUGAAUGGUAACCCUUAUUUAUUAUCUUAUUGGAUGGAUGCGUGUAUUUAUUAUUUCCAUGGUUUAUUACCGUUGUUUUUGUUAUAGAUAAUAAAGAAUAUGACUUGAU